AUGGAUAGCGAAAACGACAGUUUCGACGAAUAUGUGGCAGAAAGUCCCCAAGCGGCACGCUCUCAGUUCUCGGGACCAAAGGUAUAACAAAUCAGAUGGUUAAGCUUUCUGAAACAUGCGCUCAAAGUUUCAGGACGAACCGGUUGUUGUUGACAGUGUUGUUCAAGACUCACAACGACCAGAUGCUCAGCACGACACAAUGGCUGAGAAGUGAGUCCCCAUGCAACAAGUUGCUCCUUUCGAUCCCUGAACAUUUUUAGUUUGGACGAAGACAUGAAUUUGCCGAGCGGAGACGAUGACGUCAUCAAGAUUCUCGUGGCAACAGACAUCCACUGCGGUUACGGAGAGAACAAGCCGAUUAUGUGAGCGAUGAACAUUCGGAAAUCUCACAAAACAUGACAUUUUAGCCAUAUGGACGCCGUCAACACAUUUGAAGAGGUUCUUCAAAUUGCCACGGAACAGAAAGUGGACAUGGUGUUGCUCGGGGGCGAUUUGUUCCACGAGAACAAUCCGUCUCGAGAAGUGCAACAUCGAGUGACCCAACUGCUCCGUCAGUACUGUUUGAACGAGAAUCCGAUCGCUCUGGAGUUUCUCUCCGAUGCCUCGGUCAAUUUCAAUCAGAGUGUGUUCGGACACGUCAACUACUACGAUCAAAAUCUGAAUGUCGGCCUGCCGAUCUUCACAAUUCAUGGAAACCACGACGAUUUAUCUGGCAAAGGCCUCACUGCCCUGGACCUUCUUCACGAGGCGGGUCUUAUCAAUUUGUUCGGAAAGCACAGCAGCAUCCAAGAGUUCACCGUUUCUCCCAUUCUACUUCGGAAAGGAGAAACUCUUCUCGCGCUGUACGGCCUCGGAAGUCAGCGAGAUGAUCGUCUUGUUCGUGCUUUCAAAGAUCAGAACAUCACAUUUUUCCGUCCGAGUGCGGGCGCCGAAGAUUGGUUCAAUCUGUUUGUGCUCCAUCAGAACAGGCCCCGUCGAGCGAUGCAUCGAUCCACCGGAAACUUUCUGCCAGAGUCUCUGAUUCCUCAAUUCUUCGAUCUGCUUGUUUGGGGCCACGAGCACGAAUGCAAACCGGAUCCGCAAUACGUGGCAUCAUCUGAAGCCAUGGGCGAUGGCUUUUAUAUUCUGCAGCCCGGAUCGACAGUCGCCACGUCACUCACUCCAGAUGAGGCCAUUCAGAAAAACGUAUUUCUGAUUAAGGUUCGUUGGCCCUAGAAGUUUUGUAUUAAUUGAAUUAAUUAAUUCGAUGUUCAGAUCAGAAAGAGAAAGUUCAAAUCGAAGCCAAUUCCAUUGCAAACAGUCCGUCAGAUGGUCGUCGAUGAACUCGUUCUCAAUAAAAUUCCCCAGGGAUGUAAGCCUCCGACGAAAAAUGAAAGACCAAAAAGCCGCGACGGACGGUACAUUGAUGAGAUGGCGAUUGAGGCGAAACUGAACGAAAUGAUCGCGUCGGCGAAGAAGACACGGAAGCCGAGCCAGCCGGAUCGGCCGCUCAUCCGCCUGAAAGUAAUCUAUGACGAAGAAUGGAUUAACAUCACUCCGGCGAAUGCGAAGCGCAUCGGAAUGCGAUACGAAGAAGUUGUUGCCAACGCCGUCGAUAUGGUGGUCAUCAAAAAAAAUACGGAAAAGGAGAGCAAGGCGAAAGAACGAGCGGGUACGACCGGAGAGGACUUCAUGGACGAUGUGGGACAGUUCUCGGCCGCUAACUUGCAAACUAUUGUGAGAUUCAUAACAGGAACAAAUAAAAGGCAUACUCUCUUGCAGAUCACCGAUUACUUCUCUCAUCAACCGAUAGAUAAUCGAAUGACAGUCCUCAAGCCGUCAGGAAUCGGAAAAGCGCUUGACCAGUAUUCAGAGAUUGAGGAAGGAGGAACUGCCGCGUCGGCGAAUCGCAAUUUUGACCAGUGUCUGAUGGUACGGAAGCAUAGAUUGACCACCGAGACUAACAUGCUUUCAGAAUCAAAUCGACGUCGUUCGAAGUGCGCUCAAAAGGAUGCCGUUGCCGAGGUUGGAAAAUUUGGCUGAUAUGGAACGCUUCCGCGAUGACAUUUUAAAAGACUUGAACAAUUUGAAGAAAGCUGACUAUGAGGUGGUUUAGUUCAAAAGUUAUUACAUACAUUUUUAUAAUCAUUUCAGAAAACGGACGGAGCAGUCUCCACAACGUUGCCCGGGAGAGAUGAUGAAGAUGACGACGACGACAGUCAGUACUAUCAGCUGCCUGCCAACCAAACUGCUGCGAGAGCUGCAUCCGACGAGGAGGAUGAAGUCGUGUUAGAUUCGGAUGAAGACUCAACGAUCAGUACUGUAAAGACGACAACGACACGUGGCAGAGGAAGAGGAUCUCGAGGUGGAGCCGCCCGUGGAACCCGUGGAGGAGCUCGUGGAAAGGCGGCUGCUGCGAAAGUCAGCCAGAGACCACCAGUGGAUUCUGACGAUGGAUUCGAAGUGGUGAACGACUCGCCGUCUCCGCCGCCACCGUCUCGUUCUACAAGAGGCAGAGGAAGAGGAAAAGCGACGGCUGCUCCGAAGAAAAAGGAUAUUAGUUUCUUCUAG